UCGAGGAGUAUAGACGUGUUUCUCGUUACCCUAAGCUCAGUCGAGAGUUCUCGUGUCGCUUUACUUUCCCUCUUGCACCGUACACACGUGUGUGAUAGCCGUGGCAGGACAGUCUCGAGACGCAACGUGUUACACCAUCGAACCGUGUGCGUGCGUGCCGUGUGCGGAUCGACGGAACGGAGCGAACGAAAUAAUCAUUUCUGUUUUUCCCACGAAUUACUUUUCGACGCGUAUGUUCUUUCGCUUGUGCCUCGUGAAAAAGGAGAGGAAAAGCUAGUUGACGUAAUCUCGAGUAAAAAAGACUCUCAGUGCAUCGUGUGUCGUGUUUUCGAUCGAAGGACAUUGAACUCUGUGCCCUCGUAUCCUGUGAGACGUUUUCGAACUGUCAUCGGUGAACGUCGUCGAACGAGAGCGAUCCUGUCAUCGAUCGCUCCUCACCGAUCCACGGUGAUUCGACCUUCUCCCUCUCACACACGAACUUUUCAAUCCUCGAUCGAAUUGCAGCACAGAGAAGUGUCCUAUCAAUAUUCAGCACCUAUGGAAAGUGAUCCAUUCGAGGAUCCACCUUACAUACGCUUCAGACGACGCUGUUGAGGCGACGCGUCGGAGUAGCGGUACGAUCAGGUGCGUUAGUGCGGUCCUUGUGCGUUGCACGCGGUCCACGUGCGUUUUGUAUGGACAAUCCGUGUGGCGACGAACAUUGAGCGUGCGCCGUCGAAGCCGAAAGCCACGUGUGCCGCAACGAAAAUAUACGUUGUUAAUAAUACCGGGAAGGUCGGUACGCGCGAUCUUGAUCACCGUCGAUUUCUUUGUCGAGCUCGACGCAAACGGCGGAGACUUGGUUGAAAAUAGGAAGAGAGACGUUGUUCUGUGCGAGAAAGAGAGAGAGAGAGAGAGAGAAAUUAAAGAAAGGUGGUAGUGCUUGAUCCACAGACAUUGGUUCGAUUACAGUGGCAACGAUUCGCGAAGAGAAGAGAUCGAACAGCGCUAAGAAGCGAAGCAUCGAAGAAGAAAAGUCCAGUGCACCUGUCACGAUCGAGAAAUGGCGAUCCCGUUCGCUUUGCCGUCCGACGACGAGGCGGAAGCCCAGGGACAACAGCUGGAGCAACUGAUGCUCGACCUUUACGCAGCUCUGCAACAGGUCCUUCGAAGCCGGACGGUUCAACAUCCGUCCCGAAAUCAUCGGAUACCACGGCGAGCAGCCGACGGUUUUGGAUCCCGAGAACAUCCGGUGGUCUUAGUGGACUCUGAUCUGUCCCGAUUACCGUUGCCAGAUUUGGUAUUGUCCGCCGUGGAGCAACUUCCGGCCGCGACGCCUCAGGUGACCGUGUCGGCGCCAAGCAGCCCUACCAGGGACGCGGCCUUUCAGUUUCCGGAAUGCAGCGGUGACGAGAACGUGCUGGCACCGACGCCUAACCCUAGGCCACGGCCACGAAGACGCAGGCUCGCGUCCGAGUGCGGUGGCGCCGCUGCCAUGAAGAAAGGACCCGCAGAACCUACCUGCAACAACUGCUGCGGCCACUUCGGUCAGGCAUUCAACGAGAGCCAGUGGGCGAACGUGGGUGCCAACCUGAGGAACAUUGCCGACGACUUCCACGCGUCCAAGACCAAGGCGGCCGAGAUCGAAAAAUCCAGACUGCCCGCGAUGAACCCGGGCUUCGCGAACUCCGGCAACGCGGCCGGUUCCACGGACAGCCUCCUGUCCCUGUUGAUCCCAGCACCGCUCCGGGAGACCCUGUGGACGACGGUGGCCCUGUACCUUGGUUGGAGAUUGGUAUCUCGUCUUCGAUAGAUGCGACAGUAUCGUCCCGUCGCCGCGGCACUCGGCGACGGUGAUGGCUCGAGGACUCGAAGAACGAUCAUCGACGCUUGGAACGGCACCAGAGGCGACCAGGACGACGAGCUGUCCACUGGUGAACCGGCAACUGGUCCUUCCAGCUCGUCGGGGAUUCCUCUUCAGGGUAGCCACUCUUCUGGAGGUUCUUCCAAGAUCGAUGCCACGGCUAGAAGAAUUGCGAACAGGACGAACGUACGGACAUCAAGGUUCGAUGGUACGAAUGUCGGCGGACCAGAAAGGAGGGAUGACUCCUGGUGGACGUCCUGCGGCAACAUCCAACACGAUCUACGUUACGAUAUAUUUUCUAUGUAUACCUGUGUUUCGCCGACGAUCGAGAAUGCACGUGUGCUGUUUCAUCGCCUUUGGCCCUUCCUCGAUUUGUAUCCUUACGUUAGGAACGAAGAACGGGAGGAACAGGACGAGGGAUUCGAGGAAGGUGACAAGGACGAGGAUGAUGUUUUAGAUAGCGGGAUGAACGACGACGACGAGGAUCGAACUCUUCGAUUUGUUGCUUGUCGAAGAGUCAGAGUUACCUGAAUUACCAUUUCGAUGAUGUCUCUCGCGUUAGUACUUUGACGAUUGAUGUAUACCAUGAAGAGAGAGCCAAGUGAUUCUGGCUCGACGACGAGCAAAAUGCUCGUGGAUCAUUGGCAACGAUAUCUGUCUAGCUGAUAUUCCUCGUUCGAGUCAAACUCUUCAUGAUCGUCAGGCGGAUCGAUUCGCUGGAAGAUCGAUCAACUGGAGACACGUGUUUCAGGUGCAUUCUCGCUCGUGUAGGCGUGACAUGGUCACGUUAAUGAACAGAGAGACCUGUUCGUUGGACCGUGUGCUCGAUCGUCCGCCUUCAGGUGUCACAGUUGAACAAGUCAGGUAAGAGAAAUAUGAUGUUUCUCGUUUAGAGUUGUUUCUUUCGAAGAAGGUGACGAUCGUGACACGGGUGUCUUGGUGAGGGUUACGGGGAGCUAAGGACGAGAUCCAAAGAGGACAACCCAAUAAUCAAAUGAUGAUCUCAUUACGGAUAUAAAAUAAAGAGAAUUAAAUAAAGUAGUGUGAUUACGGGAACGGGGCAGGUAGGGAAGACGCGCGAUUUUUCUUUCACGGUUAUUCGUCUGUUUCUCUCUCGCUCACUUCUCUAUGUGUGUGUCUCUAUAUUUUAUUCGUAAGGCAACCGAUUUGUCCCGUUCCCGUCGGUAGGAAGUUAUUUUGACGUGGCUUGUAGAUAACGCGGUUACCUAGCCGAUUCAGGCAAGGCAGAACUCAAUCUGGGAUAUAAUGACACCAGGUCAUGACGUCUCGCAAACGAUCGAAGAUCCUUCAACUUUUCAUCGCCUAGACAAAUUAAUCGGAAGUCGUAGAAAUUUGAAAGAAAAAAGAAAUAUUCCACAAUUUUCGACGUUUAGAUAAAUCGGCAAAUGAAAAUCGGAUCGGAUAUUCGAGAAUUGUCAGACGUUUAUGGCGAUGGUCGAAUCAUCUGUACAUAGAAAGUAUCUCGAGGAGAGUCUCGGUAUAUUCCAAAAACAAAAAAAAAAAAAUGAGAAAAAUG